AUGUCGCCAUCAAAAAAAAAUUUUGGUCCAUGUGCAAUUAAAAAUUGUCAAUAUAAAACUUUAAAUUUUCGUAACUUUACUGAACUUGCAGCAAAAAAAGCUCAAAAAAGUGGAACUUUAACUAUAUUAGAAUAUUCUCAUCUUAUACCAAAUCAACAUCAAUUAUGUAAUCAUCAUUAUCUUCUUAUU